AUGGCAUCACGGGCAAGUCCAAUUGAUCUAUCAUUCCCCCCUGCCACGCUGAGUCCUGCGAUUACGCCUGCGACCGAACAUUCACACCGUCAGUCAUGUGACAGAUGCCAUAGUCAAAAGCUAAGGUGCACUCCUCGUGGGGGAAGCAAAACAGGAGCUUGCAGUCGUUGCUUUCGACAUGGUACUCAGUGCGUGUACAGUCUCAGUCGGCCCAAGGGUCGCCCAAGUUUGCACCACUACAAGGGUGAGACAUUGCUUGCGCCUUCAAGACUACGCAGGGAAACGGUCGUGCUACCGCUUACGCCCGAGGAGGACGGCAAUACGAGUAUCCAGGAAUCUAGAUUGACAUACAGUUGUCAGCUAUCAGCCCCGCGUCAUGCCUCUGGAACCAUGGGUCCAUGCCAACUUGGGUCGGACCCUAUCCUGGCUUCGGGGCCGUAUCUUGAACUGAUGCCCGAAACAUUGUCAGAUCACGCGUCGCAACUAGGCGUCUGCUCUUGGGACGCUAUGCAUGCGCAAUAUCAGCCCAUCGAUUUGUCAAACUUGGCGUCCAGCACCCCAAUCGACAUGCAGCUGGGCCUUCACGACUCUCUGUUAGAUCUAUGCAUGCUCGGGGCCCAACAAGACCCUCAUUUGUGCAUGACGCAGCAAUUGGCAAGCCAACCACCUUACAAUCCCGACACCGCCAUGUUAAGUCUUGCUCAGCUCGUCUCCAGACUUCAUGCUCUAUCUAACAAGAGCCAUGAGCUCUUUGAGAACUGGGAGUUAUCUCAAAACCUGAGACAUGUUGACGGCCCUGUGCCCGCGAUAUUUCUCAAUAACGCUGUCUUCAACGUCGUUGCACGAUGGCUUUUGAACCCUUUGGGGGACACUGACGAUGAGUGGACAAAUGAGUCGGCCAAUGAGGGGCUUCUGGUUGAGAUGCUAUCAUUCUCAUCUAAACUCACAAAAGCGACCCUGGCCCUUGGAGAGGAACUCGGAACCCGAACCAACAAGGCUGUAUGCGACAACAGUCAGCUUCGGAGCCGUAUUGGGCGCCUUGCAGGAUGGCGCCGACGCCGAACGUCGCGCCGUCCCAGAAACCACAGCGUCAGGACUCGAAGAUCCCCGGUUGGCAAUGGUGGUACAGUUCUGUUCUUACUUAUUGGUGCGACAAUGCCGCGUGGUCGACGGUUAUCUGCAAGCGAAUUCGGGACCGAAGUCAAGUGCAGAAUAUCGGAAUGA